UACUCUGUACUAGUAAGUAAAACUGUAAAAGUUUCAAGUUUGAUUGGUUUUAAACUUUAAUAACUUUUUUGAUUUGUUUUGGUUUUUUAUCGAACUUCGGUUGUGCGUUUUUACGCGGGGCAUAAUGAAAUUUUAAACUCAUUAGCGAACCGAUGUAGCGCGAACCUGUGGAGUGCCUCUUGGCUGAGCUUUUCCGUCUGUGAACAAUUUACAGCUUUGUGGCUUUUCAUACUCGCACUGCAAAUCCCUGAGCUGACUUGAUGGCGUACGAAUCUGUCCAUUUCGGGAUCGGGUAAUUUGUUGCUUGCUUUCGGAUUCCGCCUGGAAAGUUUGGAACCGAAGCUGGCGAAGCACACUGGAUGUGGUUCGUGGUUUUACUGUAUCUGGAUCUUGGUAUUGUGGUAUUAACCCGUUUUUCCAACUAUGCCGACUUCGCCGAGUUGUGAACCCGUGGAACAAAUUUUCUGUGAUCAGUGUCAGAAAUGGACCAGUAUGCCAUGCAUUUCGCAUGCCAAACGCGUACCGGAUACAGCCGUGUUUCCCUAUUCCGUGGCCAGUCUGCCCAACGUUCUGUAUUUAGAUAUUCUUCCCGAUGGCCAGUCUGGCAAAGCCGUUUUUGCCAAAGAAAUCAUUCCAUCUCUGACCGUUUUUGGCCCGUUGAUCAGUGUCCUCAGCAAAAGGAAACCGGCCGAUGUUGCGUUUGCAUGUGGAAGUGCGACGAAGGCCGGACUGCAUUUCUUCCAUCUGGAAUCCGAUCAGAUAUCCAACUGGAUGAAAUUUGUUCGGUUUGCAGCACAUUCUCACGAGCAAAAUUUGGCGGCGUACGAGAUCCAUGAAGCCUCUCCCUUGUUAUCAUCUGCGGAUGCUGCAUCGCCUACCCGAACACACGUGAUAUUUGUUACGACAAAAACCAUUCUGCCAGGCGAUGAACUGAAAGUGGCAUAUUCUAAGAUUUAUUCCCAGGCUAUCGGCUGUCCGGAUUGGCCGACGCCCCACCCAACAGAAGCGGAUAGUAGGAUUCUGGAUGCUGGUGAAAUGCACAAAGAAAAUUCUGUAGAGUCUCGGUCCCCGGUCAAAAAAUUUAUCAAGGCGCGCCCUCAACUGAGCGUCGUGCAAAGCACUGCGAAGCAGAACUUUCAGAAAUUACACUUAAUACAUAACAGCAAAACUAAUCGUGUCCAACCGGAAUUGGUCAAGAAUUCUGUCCCGACCAAGAUUUUUGUGCCGAUGUCGUCGGCGGUUUCCACAUCCGUUCCGCAUCCAAAGAAUAAGGAAAAUUAUGCGGAUCGUGUGCCCAAGGUGUCAGAUGCACGGGCGAGAAAGCGCCGAAAGUUAUCGGAUGAAUCCGUCGCCUUGCCGAAUUUCUUACCGCCGGACGAAGAUCCUGUCGUGAAUUCGCCGGAUAAUUUGUCGCCUAUUGAUGCGUACACGAUGACCACUGCAGAAACGCCAACCGUUUCAGUUGAAGUGACUGUUGAACCGGAAGUCGAAGGAAGCGUGGUUAUUUUCGAUCAUGGAAAUGACGAUUUAAUUGAAGGAUCUGUACCAGUUCCGGAAGAACUGCUGGAUGCGGGUGAUAGUUUCGAAUCUCUUGCUGUCCCACCUGUUGCACAGAAAGACGCCGUCUUGGAAUGCGAUGUAUUAGCGGAAAUGAAUAUGUUAAAAACCAAAGCACAUAUUGGAUUGAGCAAGAAUCGCAGAUGCUUGGUGUGUAGCGAACGGGUGUGGAAUCUAUCUGACCACCUGGAGAAGGAACACUCUGAAGAGAAUGUUCAAGCCCUUGAUGAUGUGUGCUUCUUUUGUCGUAAAAAAUUCAAGAACAACUUGUCAUUGCUUCAACAUUUGCAGAUGGUUCAUCGCGAAAGGGCGGCGAUGCCGGACGAAGCCACCCGCAUGGCUGCGCUGGACUUUAUGCGGCGAACGGGAUUUUUGCAGUACCGUUGUGUGCGGUGCAAAAAAAUAUUUCCCAAGAAACACCUGUUGGAUUUGCACAGCAUUAUACAUAACUCGGACCAGGCGGAUCAGCCUGAGCGGAAGUGCUCCGAGUGUCCUUUUUGGGCGGAAACUUUCCUGGAUUUGGUGAAGCACACAGCGAAGCAUCAGAAAGCGUCGCGCAAGAUCCGCACGCCGUGUCUGUUAUGCGGCAUCGGCGUGCGCGGCACCCCCCGCGGACACAUGGAAAGUAAUCACCCGGACGAGAUGAAAUUGAUCAUGGCGACAUGGAAGUAUCAGUGCCCGGAGUGUCGGCACCGGUUCGCCAGGAAAUUCGAUCUCAACGUGCACGUGUCGAAGGUGCACAAAGGAUGGCAGUGUGUGUACUGUGGACAGCGUGAGCCGUCGGGUUCCGGGUGGCUAGCCUUCGAAGAGCAUCUGCGGACGCACAAAAUUGACAAGAAAUUUCCUUGUCUCGUCUGUGAGAAAUCCUUUAAAAAUUUUCACCGGUUGUGUAUUCAUAUUCGGGAUUGCCAUAGCGCCGACUGUCUACCGCAUGCGGAUAUGGUUGCAGUGGCGAAUUUAACAGCAACCGUGGUAGCUCCGGAGCUGGUCGAACGCGCCAUCGAGAUGAUUCGCGAGACGGAAGUAUUCAGUUGCUACUGCCAGUUUUGUAAACGCGCUUUUGCCAGCUUCGAACUACUCGAUCUGCACGCAUUGCAGCACGCUCCGACCGACAAUCUGGAAGCCGAUCCGCGACGAAAUUGCCCGGCUUGUGAUUUUCACGCAGCGAGUUUUGCGGAACUGGUCCAACACACUGCGCAGCAUCGCCUGUACAAAGACGAUCAGCGGCCGUGUGUGGUGUGUGGAGCGACGGUGGCCCGCAUGCGGCAUCAUAUUCUCCAGAAACACCCCGCGGAGAUGCAGCGGAUUACGGAGGACUGGAAGCAUCAGUGUGCGGAAUGCCAGGAGAAGUUUAAAACACGCGGGAAAAUGGAGUUUCACAUUAAGGUGCAGCAUAAAGGCUACCAGUGUUGGUACUGCGCCAAGGUGUUCUACAAUUCGGUACAGUUCGGGACUCAUGUGGUGGAGCACAGCGUCAACGGUCAAUAUCCGUGUCCGGCGUGUGAUAAGAUAUUGUCGAAUUAUCCGAAAGUGAACAAUCAUUAUCGCAAGUGUCAUGAUGCCACGCGUAUGAAGACGUGCAGUGUAUGUCAGACGGUGUGUUUUGGUGACAACCAGUUGGACGAGCAUAUGGCGACGCGUCAUGGCAUUGUAGACGAUACCGGUGCAAAGACGAAGAAUACCGCAGCACCCACGGAAACGACGAAUAUAUCCAAACGGCGAACGUGUAAUUUGUGUGGGAAGGAAUUCAAAAAUUACGCCAGCAUGCAUUACCAUAAAAGUAUCGUACAUUUGGGGAGAGAUCGGCACUUGAAGCCCAAAGUGCGGACACAGUGCGAUGAAUGCCACGAGAUGUUUUCCAGUCGGCAAACUUUGUACAACCAUAAAAGAUGGGUGCAUCUCGGUGUCAACAGAGAGAAGUUCGAGAGGAAGCGGGCUGAAAGGAGGGCGGCCGGCAUCCCGAAUCCGCGCUAUAUCAGACCGCGGAAUCGCACCGCCUAUGAGGAUUUCCAGCAUAAAUGUGAGGAAUGUCAGCUGGGAUUUGUGCUGGCGAUUUCCCUGAUCAAGCACAACGAAACUCGACAUCCAGAGAAAAUCGUUUUGCUGUCGAGCAGCAGCCAUUGAGUAUGUGAUUCCGUGCAGUAAUGUAGUCGAUUGCAGAAUUUCGAAAUUGCCUUUGAUCUGGUUUGCGUGUUUUUAAUUGUUUCCCUGAUUAUUUUAAUUAUGGUUACAACUGCUUAACAAUCGCGCUGCAGACAUACUCCUGUCUGUACAUAUCUGACUCUGUUCGGCGUGUUCGCAAGCAAGAAAAUUCCAAACACUGGCGCGAUUUGUCAGCUCUGUUAGAAAAAUACAUGGUACAUAUAACAGAAGUACCAUUAAUGCAUUAGUAUUUACUUCGUGUAGUUUCUUUGCUCCAAGUAGAAUGAAU